UCGCGCGCAUUACGCCAGGCCGGAACAUCCGGCGUCUUCCUCGUCGCGGUCAUUUUGGAUGUUCUCAGAUGUGAUUGCCAGUUUAGACGCUACGGUACGCCGGGGGCGGGCCGAGGGAACGUGAGAGGAGGUGUUGUCAUUAAUGCACAGAGACGUUUGUGAGGCUCAACUGCGACGCGGCCUUCACCUGGUCCAGGCCCUUUCGUCCACUGCUUCGGGGCACGCUCCGCCCACAGGUUCCGAUGGCGGCGGUAGCGCUGAAGGACCUGGCUCAGGGCAGUGUGACCUUUGAGGACGUGGCCAUUGACUUCUCCCAGGAAGAGUGGGGGCUCCUUGAUGAGGCGCAGAGGCUGCUGUUCUGCGAUGUGAUGCUGGAGAACUUUGCGAUCAUAGCCUCCCUGGGUUCUUGGCAUGGAACAGAGGAUGAGGAGGCAUCAUCUGAGCAAAGUGUUUCUGUAGAAGUAGUAUCACAGAUCAGGACUUCAAAGGCAGGUUUAUCCAGCCAGAAUACUCACCUCUGGGAGAUGGAUGUCCCAGUCUUGAAAGACAUUUUGCAUCUGACUGAGCAAGUGACACACCCUGGGCAGAAUACAUGCUUGGGUGGGGCAUGUGUGAGAUGCUUCUGGAUGAGACCAAACUUUUACCAGCAACUGAAGCGUCCCUAUGGAGAGAAACUCUUCAAAAAAGACACAGACAGGGCCUCAUUUAUGAAGAGCUGCAGAUUCCAUGUGUCAGGACAACCCUUUACCUGUGAGGAAAUUGGUAAGGACUUCCCAGCAACCUCAAGUCUUCUGCAGCACCAAGCCUCUCCUGAGCGUGAGAAGCGACCCGGCAGCCUUGAGUGUGGGGAGACCUUUCAUAGUAGAAAAAAACUUGUCAAGUGGGGUAAAUGUGGGAAUUCUUCCAGUCACAAACACACAUUUGUUCACCAUGAGAGUAUCUGCACUGGAGAGGGGCUUUAUGAGGGUAGCAAAUGUGAGAAAGACUUCAGCUGCAAAUACAGACUUGUUCAGCGCCAGGGAAUUCACACUGGAGAAAAGCCAUAUGAGUGUGGUGAAUGUGGAAAAUCCUUUAGAUUCAAAUGUUUAUUCAAUUACCAUCAGAGAGUUCACACUGGAGAAAGGCCUUACGAGUGUGAGGAAUGUGGCAAAUCCUUUAGAGUGCCCUCAUCCCUCAUUCGACAUCAGAAAAUUCACACUGGAGAAAAGCCUUAUGAGUGUAGUGAAUGUGGAAAAUCCUUUAGCCGCAAAUCUUUGCUCAGUUACCAUCAGAGAGUGCAUACUGGAGAAAGGCCUUAUAAAUGCAGCGAAUGUGGCAAAUUAUUUAGCCGUAAAUCUGAUCUUAAUAAACACCAGAGAAUUCACACUGGAGAAAGGCCUUAUGAGUGUGAGGAAUGUGGAAAAUCCUUUAGAGAUGCCUCAUCCCUCAUUCAACAUCGGAAAAUUCACACUGGAGAAAAGCCUUUUGAGUGUAGUGAAUGUGGAAAAUUCUUUACCCAGAGAUCGAAUCUUAAGAAACACCAGAGAAGUCACACUGGAGGAAGGCCUUACGAGUGUAGAGAAUGUGGGAAAUUCUUUAGCUAUUGUUCCUACCUGAAUAAACACAAGAGGAUUCACACAGGAACAGUGCUAUAUGAGUGUUGUGAAUGUGGAAAAUCUUUUAGCCGAGGUUCCAGCCUCCUUAAACAUCAGAGAAUUCACACUAGAGCUAGUGUAUAUGAGUGUGGCGAAUGUGGAAAAUCCUUUAGGUACAAAUGUUUACUCGUUUACCACCAGAGCUCACACUGGAGAAAAGCCUUAUCAGUGUGUGGAAUGUGAGAAAUAAUUUCAUGAUCACUUAGUCCUCAUUAAACACUGGACAGUUAACACUGGAAAAAGGUGUUACGAGUGUGGGCAGUGUGGGAAAUCAUUUAGCCACCAUAAAUCCUUCAUUAGUCACCAGAGAGAUCACACAGGAGAAAGGCUUUAGAUGUGCAGGGAAUGUGGUAUUUCCUUGUUCAGAAUAACUUCACUUGAGGAAAGCGUUUGUGAGGAACUGAUCACCUGAAUUGAUCUUUCUACCUUCUAACAUUCACGGGAAAUUCCGUAUGGGUUGUAGAUAUGUGGAAAGCCUUCAGAAGUUGAAUUGCAUUUUAUAACAUUCCCAGGGCCCUUACCAAAUUUUUGUCACUGCCAGUGUCUAUGGCAUAAACCAUCGUACCACCUAGCAGGCCCCACAGUGUGCAUCAGUCACCAACCAACAGUGCUCAGGGAGGCAGUCCUCAGUGCUCACCUAUUCACUGGAAGAAAUCUUGAGUAACCUGUACCCCUAAGGGCUCCUCAUUCCCUUCUCUCCGACAAGUUAAGGCCUGGACCUUGCCCAGUUUUGGCUUAGAGGAUCUGAUCGUAGUUACAGCAUCUUGCCAAAAAACCUACCUUUUUCAGGGAUAGCUUUUGUCUCACAUGAUGCUUGAAACAAGCAUCCCCUUCCAAGUCACCAACCCAGGAAACUCCUGCUCACAUUGCUCUGGUUUGUGCAAUCAGAAAGGUUUUUGUGUCUAAGCACCUUUAAUUGUGGGGGUUCCAUUCAUUAUUAUUUGGUGAUUUGAGAACAGUAUCAGGAUCAGUAUUAGCAUAAAGGGGUGAACAACUUGUGGGGACUCCAAACUUUGUGAGCCUCAGAGAGGACAGUGUUAUGGCAGGAGAUAGCCCUUUCUUCAGCCUGGGCCGAAUUUGCAUUGCUGCCCGAAGCUUCCUAGGAAAGACUGCACGACUUUGUGGUCCAGACUGGCUUGGAUGCCAGUGUGUAUGUACAUGCACACAUGCGCUUAGAGGUCACCUUGAGGAGGGCACAGUUGUGAAGAACCUCCCUGCUUCUGAGAAUAACAUGAGAUGGAUAUCACAUAAUGUCCCGCGCUAUGGAGGGCUCAGGGAGACCUGUAAAAGGUACAGAAAUACUGGAUUAAUAGAGUUGAGGAGACUGAAACAAGUUAGAAUGCAUGUGCUGCUUCUAAAAGCGUCUCUACACGUUCCAGUGGCUCUAGGUGUGUGGAUUUAGUGUGUGCAGAAACUCAGGACCUCCUGAGUGAGGUGAAGAAUUAACUUUACCCAAAGAAUUUGGUCUUUGUCCCUAGAUCCUGGGAGGUAACUUCUAAACCCAUGGGAUCUCCUGAGUGACUGGAAUGUCUGUUGUUUAUGAGGUAAUUCAACUUUACCUGAUGGUUUAUGCUAAGGAGGUGACUCAUUGGGGCUGGCCAUGCUAGGAAACCCACCACACGGUAUCAGCCUGGUGGUUGGGGCUGGUUCAGGAGCUGGGGAUUGAGUUCAGUCACACGGGCAAUGAUUCAACCAGUGAUAACCUAUAAAAUGAAACUCAAACUGGGCAUAGCUUCCCUGACAACACGUUGAUGUGUUGGGAGAGUGAUCCACCCUGACUUAUGGGGAAAGGAUAUGGAAGCUCAUAUUUGGAUCCUCCCAGACCUUGCUCUAUGUAAUCCUUUUGUAUUUUCUUGAUAUAAUAAAACUGUAACCAUUAAGUAUAGUGCUUUUCUGAUUUCUGUGAGUCAUUCCAGCAAAUUGUCAAACCUGAGGGGUAGUAGGAACCCCCGAGUUUGUAACUAGUUGGUCAGAAGUUCAGGUGGCCUAGAAAUGAGGGCAAUUUUAUGCAGGACUGUGCCUGUAAUCUGUGGAAAUCAGACCUAACUCAGGGUAGUUACUGUCAGGAGAAUUACAUUGCAUGUGUGCAGUGGUGGUCAUUGUCGGUGCAAGUAAUUUUUGUGGAUUCUCGUACCCUCUUUGUUUACCUCAAGGCCACGGCCGCACAGGCAGGAAAGCAAGGAUAAAGCUAAAGGAAAUCUGUAGUCCAGGGAUGUGGCUUUUAUGACCCUGCCAGCAUCCUUGUUGACUGAGGUGGCAACAGCUUUCAUUGCUCACCAACAUUUGCUGCCUCUCCUAGGGCACAAGGAUAGAGUAAUGGGGGAGUCAAUAUAGGGUUGCUGAACCUGAUUUUCCAAAAACGUGUGGAAGAUCUAUAAUUUCUUGAACCAUUUUUUAAAGCUUUAUUUGGGUAUAAUUGACAUGCAAUAAACGUCAUAUUUUAACUGUGCAAUUUGAAGUUUUGACACAUAUAAACCCAUGAAUCUGUCAUUGUAAUCAUGAUCAAGAAUAUAUCUGUACACGUAUAUUUACCUCAUUCCCUUUCAGAAUCUCUCUCUGCCCUCCACACCCCUAGGCAGGCAUUGAUCUUCUAUGUUUACAGUAAAUUAGUUUGCAUUUUCUACGAUUUCAUGUGAUUGAAAUCUAAAGUGUUUUCCUCUUUUUUUCCUGUUUCCGUGAUUGACUCGGUGACAAUGGGUUUCAUGCUGCGUAGUUAUUUUGUGAUUUACUAGUGACGCUUUUUAUGAAUAAUUUGUUCUUUUUAUUACUGGAUAUUAUCCUGCUGUGUGAAUAUACCACUGUUUGUUUAUCCAUUCUUCUGUUUGUGGACAUUGGGUUUAUUUCCAGUUUUUGGCUCUUGCAAAUAAAGCUGCUAUGAA